GUAAUUUACAAAAGCUCAUGGUUUAUUUAUUAGCAUGAAUAUUCAAAAUUAAAGGACAAAUCCUGUUUCUAUUCGCUACAUAUAGUUUUACGGAAUACACUCUCCACAUUUCAUCAUAAAAAACUGGAAUGGAAUAUGCGAUGAAUCUCUUUUAAUAUGUGGUUUCUGAUUGUGGAUUCUAAUGUAAUAUUAUUUCUAUUAUAAGCAAUUUGGACUGUUCGUGCCAUUUUAAAAAUGAUUGAGGGGUUUUUUAAGGGGGUAAAAUAUUGUCAUUACAUGCAUGAUGUUGAUGAAUCAUUUUUCAAUCAUAUAAACUUGUGGUUGUAGAAAAAACACAAUACUUAACAAACAAAAACAUAACCUGAAACAUAUAAACUAACUUGCUAAAUUAAUAAAACAUUUGACCAAAUCGGGAAUCUAAAAGUGUGUGAAAUAAGAUAUUGAUUUAAAGACCUAGAUGACGUAUGGGCUUACAUAUUUGUGGUCAACCUUGAAUAUUAUAGUCAGAGCAAACUUCCCACGAACAAAUCAACUCCAAUCUCACACCAAUAGCAUAAGACCAUGCCGUAGUCUAAAUGAUUGCCACAAAAGAAUUAUUCUUAUUGGCCAACUUUGACCUAGUAUUAUAUUGGUAUUUAUAGCUCUUUAUGAUUAUUUAGCAUGUCAUUUAUUGAAUUAUGUACAUACAUUGUCGCAUUCAUCUUAAUUACUUAAUAUGCCAUCUAUACAAUUAGAUGAACACAUUGUAGUAGUAUAUAUAAUAAAAUACGUAUUUAGUUACGAUAGUACUUUAAUUUUGAUCUGAACGCUCUGGUCAGAAAGCUUUGAUCGGGAAUAUAUUUGUUAUUGUUUUGGAGUAACUUGUGCAUUAGGGUUCAAUUGGUUUACUUUAUGUAGCAAGUUAUAAAAAAGUUCAUAUACAGUUUGUGAGGGUGGCAUUUUUACAGCUCUCUAUUGGUAUUGGAUCGGAUGUUUAUGAGAAAAUUCAUGUUACGUAUGAAUUGUUACAAAACUUUAUGUUGUGAUUAGCUACAAUUGGUUACAAGGUCAAUAUCCAUGGCCACUAGUAGCGAACAGAUCAUCGGUAGCUAUACUUCUUGACAGAUGGUAAUGAAUACUACAAAAAUAUUCCCAAUAUAGUCAUAAGUAUUUGUUUGGCUACACGCCUACACAAGAUAUUUCAUGGAUAAAGUCGCUUACAUAUAUGUUCGCCCAACCAAUAAGGAUUCUGAAUCGGCAAAUUAUUGACAGAUUUGUCCGGGAACACGACGAUUUAUACUCAUGUUGGUCAUCAUCACUCGUGCAAUGAUCUUUACCACAUUUGGUUCACAAAAUUCAACUUAAAAUCUUAUAAGUUGAAAAAGCUCCCUCUUUGUUCUUUGAGUUAAUAAAAAAAUUCACGUUAAAACAAAACAAAAAACUUAUUGAACACAUAUCUGCAUGUUCAAAUAUGCAUUGGGUUAUUUGUCCAAAAAAAAAAAAGCUGUAAUGGGCUAUGUCGUGGGCUUCGCUAGCUCAUCUAGAUUGAAUAUCUCUUGUUAAUGACCAACUAUAUUGAAAUAAAAUUCUGAUGAUAACAUCAACCAUAUUAAAUCUGAUCAUUGACUCACGCAAAUAGAGAUACAAUUGGGACCCAAAGUCUAAGACGCACAAUCAUCUCAAUCUAAACGGAAACCCAAACCCUAAGAAAUGGAAAAUAUAUAAGAGCUUCAUAGUUCAAACGCAGAAUAAAAAUGAAUGAAAAAUUACUUUUCACAUAAAUCCUUUUCCUUUUCUCUAUAACAAAUGAAUUUCCAUUUUAAAAGAGGAAAAUACCUAAAAAGUUAAGACAAAGGUGACUAAGAAAUUAUUAUAUAUCGACGUUCCUUCUCUCAAAUUGAGUCCUGGAUAAACAAACUCUCGACGACAUCUUGAGAAACGAACGAGAAUGAUCCAAAAUCUGCAAAAAACAACACUAGACCUCCAUUCAUCGGCAAUGAAGAUGCCUCAUCAGCCUCUUCCUUUUUCUGCAUCAAAUACUCAAUACUUGUUCUAUGGCAAGUCAUCGGAGAACCCUAAAAAGAGUUUGGUCUCCACGACUCUCUGUUUGUCGUCUUGUGAAAACCCAAAGAAGAGGAAGAUGAACUCUGAUGAUGACCUGAAGGUUUCUUGCAUACCAAGCGACUACAAAUUAACAAAAGUAGAAAGAAAGAUUGCACGAAUGAGGAAUCUCACGAAUGAAGAAAGGGCACUGGACGAAUGGUAUGGUGUCUCAACUGAACUAACACUCUUUAAAGAUCCGUGGAUCAUCAAGAAGGUUUUUCACUUUUCUUCUAUCAUGGAUAUGCAUCCCAUUAAUACUCUUUGCCUGUUGGACGCCGUCGAGUCGUCAGAAAACCCUGAAGAGAGUUUGGUCUCCCUGGAUCUGUGUUUGUAUGACAGAACAUGGCCACAUGAUCCCAACGUUGCUUACAAUAAACCAACGUCCGGAGAAAAAAUGAACCUCGCGUGGAUGAGGACUAAGUCGAAUGAAGCAAGAAAAGAAGAGGAGAGGUACAACGUCUCAACAGAACUAACUCUCCUCACGGUCACCGAUCCAUGGACCUUGAAGAAGGUAAUGACCAAAUGCAGUCUUGGCCAUCUAAAACGUCUUGUUCUAAAGGAGAGCUUUGUACACAUCCACAUUCUGAGAUAUCUCCCUGUGGAUGAUCAAAUGAUGGUCCAAGAAGGCUCUGGAUUAACAGUCGACGUGUAUGAUCACGACACUGAUUCUACGUACAAGCUGCUUUUAAAGAAAUGGGCCAAGUAUCCAAGGUUUGUUCUCAUCAACGGAUGGCAUACGUGCUUUGUCACCAGGAGAGGUUUGAAGAAAGGCGAUGUGAUUGGAAUGUAUUGGGAUCGAUCUGAAUCUAAGAUUCAUUUUUGUGUGCUUUCUCGUGCACCAAUGGAUUCAGCUCCUCUUCCUCCAAGUACAUAGGACCUCACCAACUGUGGAGGCAAUGUCCGCAGAGAGAUUCUUAUUUUCUUAAUGUAAUCGUCAAACAAGUGAUUUUGGUGUUGUUUUUCGUCUUUUUGUUGUCUCCCUGUUAUGGUAUCAUGUGGUGUUUUCAUUUAAGUAUAAGUGAUGUUUUUUAUGGUUUCAUGUGGUUUUUCUAUGUUUUAACUUUUAAUAAAGAAUCCUGCUUUUAU